AGCGAUUCGGACAUGACAGCGGCAAUGUUGGAGCAGAGGGGAGCACCCGACCUCAUCCUCGCAUCUUUAUACAUGCCAUACGAUGUACCCGAUCCCCCGACAAAAUCCUUCAGGAAACUCACCGCCUGGGCGGAGCAACGAGGGAUAAAUAUGGUGGCUGGCUGUGACGCCAACGCUCACCACACGGCGUGGAACAGCUCGAACAUCAACGAUAGAGUUUUCAAGGAUACGCCGACAAUGGAUUUUUGUGCCUUUCGUAUGACUGUCAGGAAAUUUAUCAAGGAUCUGAGAUCAUUGCGCCUUUUGUUGUGCAAAGCAACGAAGGCUUCUGCGUCCCUCAUAUGCAUUAUGGGGUCAUUUGUGAAUUUCAUUAAGACUUUCAUGUAUUAA